CCAACGCACACGUACUCCAGCUCUCCGCCGUUUGAGUCGCUUCGCGUUCUCCUCCGUUUCGCCUCUCAAACCUUCGUUCACAAUCACCAACAAGAUGACCACAAUCGUCGCCACAUUUGCAAUCAUUCUCUUCUCUCUAGCAACUCAAGUGCGUGGAGACGUUUACUGCGGAUUGAACGUCUACUGUCCCGACUGCUGUUGCACUACAUCUGCUGGCAAUAUAAUUACACAUUACUGCUGCACUUGUUCACUGGCUUGGUGGGCAAUUUUUCUCAUCGUUCUUGCCAUCAUUUUCUUUAUUGCCGUUGCUGUUGUUUUGGGUGUAUGGAGACGACGAGUUUACCUCGCCAGAACGACAUACUACACGACCGUGCCACAAUCUCAAGUGGUGACAACGAGCUAUGGAACGACUUAUGCGCCCUAGACUCUGCACUAACUGGCCGCUUUGUCAAGGGGUGAACGGUAAUACAACGCAUAUAUAGAAACUAUUGCAUGCUAGCAAAACGUCUGCACGGGCGUGUAGACACGUAGCGAUGUGUGUCUCGUGUGUGUCCAUUGUGCGCACUCGAUAAACUUGGCUGCUGUUUGACGGGUCUGAGCAUACGUACAAUGAGUAGAUAUACUCAUUGUUUUAUAGUAUAA